AUGGAUCCCCGCCGGACGGGAAGCGGGGCAGCGCCGGGGCAAAACCCCUCCAGCGGCUUCCAGGGCUGCGCGUCUGCGCGGCGGGACGCGGCCGCGGAUGGAGCUUUAACGUUUCAUUUUGAAUGGGAUUUAGAAGAAGAACGUCAAGCACUGAAAGAACAUCAAAAAAUGUGUCGGAGUAGGGCACAGAGAUAUUUGAUAGAGACAAACAGAAGAAGAAGGGCUUUUGAAGAAAAACGUAAGCAAGAAGAAGAAAAAGAAGAAAGACUUAGAAAACAAAUUCUGCAUCAGAGGAAAAUUAAACUUCAGGAAGCAACUGAUAAGUUCCAACGUGCUCAUCUGCCUUUUUUUCACCACAAGCAAAUAGCUCUCAUACCUCUAGUCCAGACAAAAACAGCUUUUCAGUUGGAAGAAGCUCUAGAACAAAUUAAAGGACCAGUUUUAACACCAGGACUGUGUUUGUCCAGCAGAAACAAAAACAGCUUCAGAACCACAGAUGACACUUCAACCUCCUCAGCAUCUAGAAAUGGUUCUUUCCAGCAGAAGCAGAUUUCAGCAGUGGUUGGCUGGGAUAAAACAAUACAAGAGAGCAGUAGAACAAACAUGGAUAGUAACCAACUUCUCUUCCAGAAAAAUCUGAACGAAAUGCAACAACUCCUUGAAAAACAGCAUCUCAGCAACUUGGAGAAUUUUCAUCAAGAAGUCAAGAAAGCAGAAGAUUCAGAAAGCUUGUCAAGCCUUGACAGUCUUGAGGCUGGAGAACAAAGUGGAAAUUACACAACACCAAAUGAGUCACCUUUGACUGCCCAGUGUGACUGUGCCCUGUACAGUCCAGAAAAAUUACAGACUAGGAAUAAUGUCUUGCUUUUUACAGCUCAAAGUGCUUCUAAAAAUAUCCAUCUAAAUAAUUGUCUGAGAAACACAGAUUCACAAAACAACCACAACUUACCUAUUCAUGAUCUUUUAGCUAAACAUAAUGUUCUAACUCCUGCUGAACAUGUAAACAACACAGAAGAGGAAUCAUCUGCUUCCUGUAGCUCUGGAAAGAAAAUUGCAGAGUUCUUUACCUCUGGUGAGCAAGCAAGUUCUGUCAUAAAUGCAUUCAGUUUUCUGCAAAAUAUAAAAGAAGAAAGAAGCAAGUCAUCUUCUGCAACAUCUAGCACAUUAGCCACUGGUCACCCUGUUUUCAAUCCUUGCAAAACCUUGGCCAGUUCUGACUCUGUUCCAGGAGAAAGAGUUCAGGAUCUGAUGCAAGAUCAGAGUUUUAAAAUGACCCCAGUAAAAAGAACUGCAUGUGAGCAAACCCCCAGUCAACCUAUUGCAACAUCUAUCAUCUUAUUUCCUAAUCAGGGAUGUUCCAUUGGCAUUCCCAACACAGCUGAUACAUUACCAAAGGACAAAAACAGCAGUGUGGAGUUUUUAAAAAAUAUCCCAGAAAAAAUGACUGAAACAAAAAAAGAAAAUAUUAAAUGUAUUGAUAACAUUGAUCUAGGAUCAUCUGUAUUUCAGGGCUUACCAAAUGCCUCAGUUCUCUACAAUGUUAAGCAACAGAAUAACAAAGAGGAAGAAAAGGGAAAUACAGUAGAGACUAAGUCACUGAUGUCUGAUGUGGAGUUAGAUUCUGGCACUCCUGCACAGUACAAAACUCUGAAAAACAAUAUUAUUGAAAGAAAAAGAGCAGGUUUAUUCAGAAGUAUCCUAAAAAAGGAAUCAAAAUGUGAAGCAAAUAAUUUCAGAGCUGUGGUUACGAAACAUGGGGUCAGUUUUGGCACUCAGCCUGUGUGUUCUUUCAGAGACAGUGUAGAACUGGCAAAAAGAAAAAAGAAAAGUGCAGAAAAUGAAAAAUAUAAUAGAAAGCUAAGAUGGUGUGAUCAAAUUAACCAGAUAGUAGAAAAUAAUGAAAAAUGCUAUGAACAAAACACCAGUGAAAUAUCUUAUUCACAGCUGCAAUAUAUUCAAACUACAGAUAAUGUUCCUAAGACUAAUUUAAGUAUUAUUACUCAACAUUCAAGCCCCAUGCUCAUAAAAAAUAAUCAGGAAAACCCUCAUAUGUUAAAACCAAAUGUUAAUACUGAAGAAUCAAAUAAAGAAUGCCUGUCUCUGAAUAUAUUUAAGUCUUCUAGAUUUCCUUCUGCCAAAAAAGCUUGGGUGGUCUCUGAAGAUGAAGAAAGUAAAUCUCCAGCAAGUAGCAAUAAUUCUAAAGUUAAUGAAGUCAAGACAAAAAUAAAUAGAAGACCAAGAUCUGUAAAAGCCCAGCCAAGUGUAAUGCUCAAGAAGAGAAUAGGUGCUAUAACCCAACCCCAGAUGCCCACUGAAGCCACUCUAAAAUCUCCAGGGAAAUUCUUAGCACCUCACCCACCACCCACACCUCCUUCAGGAAACAGAGGUGACAAAAGCAGAGCCAGGCCUGGGUGUCAGCCACUGCUGCCUUCAAGUCUUCAAGCUACCACUGUGAGCAGGACUGAUGUAAAUGAAAGCCCUGGUUUGGCAGCAGAUUGGGUUUUUAAUAGAAAUGGUACAGAAAACAACAGUGAGAGUAUUACUUGCCAUUCAGUCUUUGCCACUGCAAGGCCUACACUUGGCUGCAGCACGGCCAAGUAUGAACCUUGGGAAAAAAAUAUUUGUUCUGUAAACGGUGUUCAGAGAAGUGGCUGUGGAGCUGAUUCAGUAGCCUGCAUUGACAGAAGAGCUGCUAAGGCAGAACACAGAUUACAGCUCCAUCACAGCCCAACAGCUGGAAAAACAAAUACCUUGUGGCCAGCAGCUCAUACUGCCCGAGCUCCAAAAGAUUCUGCUACUGGUGUUGUUCAUGUUACAAGACAAAAGCAGGUUUUUGAUAACAGGGAAAAUGAACACAUCUCAGAACAGAGAAGGCAAAUUGUAGUCUCUAAAAGAUGGAAGCCUGCUCAUCAUGCACAGAGUAUGUUACGUGCUGUCCAGCUGAGUCCUGUUCAAUCUGCGUUUGAUCCCGUACAAAGCAUGAGUAACACCUAUAACUCUGAUGAAGUUUCAGAAAGCACUGCUCAGUUUCUUAUGGCAGAAAAACUAGCAAGUACAGCAGCUGCAGAGGAUGAAAUCCUGGCAGCUAUGGAGAGAGUGCAACCAGCCUGCCAGCUCCCCCUGCCCUCCAGGGCUCCAGGGCUACCCAGGAGUGCACUUUCAAUAGAAGAACAGAAGAUCUUCCAGUAUCUUGAUCACCUCAACCAAAGGCUACAAAAUGUUCAAGAAGCCAUUACCAGAAACCCAGCUGCUUCAGAUGUUUUGCAGAUAAUCACCCCUUUAAGUAUUCAGCAGUGUGUAUCCUCACCUUUGGGGAAACAGUACAGUUGCCUCCCACCUGCACCAGAAUGCCUCAGCUAAAAAGCCUUUGCAGUUGUACAGGAGAUACUGACAUUAUCUGCUCCAGGAUAUUACAGCCUUAUGACUUUACAAGUAAUGUGUCUACCACUUGACACUAUAAAAUCAGCAACAAACUAAAGAUUAAAGCAAUAGCUCAAACAAUUAAUG